AGUGUUUCUGACGGAUGGUUACGUAUUGCGUAUUGGGUGGGUGGGGGCAGCCACGUAGGAGUAGGGCUGGUUUGAAAACGGGUGUGAAAGUUUCGUGAAACUUGAGUGUAAAUAUUUUUCACCACAGUGGAAAGCAUGACAGAGUAUCCAGGCUACAAAUUAUGGACAAAUUUAACCUCAGUGUAUAUGUGGAGCAAGUAAAUCAUGAAACUGACAGCACCACUGUUGACAAGUGGGAAGAAAAUGAAGAACUGGCUCUGAAUAAUGUUAUAGACCCAAACACAGAAUUCAAGACUACAGUGCAAAAUGAAACUUCUGUUACACCAUCAAACAGCUAUGAUUUAGUUAUCAAAUCCAUAGAUUUGGACGGGAGGAAGUUGGUAACAGAACCACAACAACAAUUACAGCAUAAUAAUUUGACAAGAGUACUUAUUCAACAACAUCAGUCUGACUGUCUGAGCAGAGAACUUGAGGAGACUCUAGAAGGUUUUAGAAACCGCCAGAACAGAAGCAUAUCGGAUUCUUCACUUGUUCCAAAAGUUCAUGCUUAUUGUUUGAUGACACAAGAGAAAAAUGCUCCCAAAAAAAUAGAUAAUUCAUUUUUCAUAAUGCUGGAUACCAAAACUUCUGCCAAAGUCGAACCUCAUGACAGGUUACUUAAAUAUCCAAAAGAUAGGAUUACUGUAGUAACUGAAAAAUAUUCAUACCCGACAAAGUCACCAGAUGCAGAUUAUAGAGGAAGAGUCAUGUCGUGCAAAGACAGUUACCUGAGUACUGCAUCAAGCUAUGAAUCUGUGGCUACAGCAAGCAUAGCUUCAGUGCACCGUAAUUCUAAAAGCAGCUUAAUUUCAACCCAUAACCUUAGUAAGAUGGCUAAUGAGUCAGGUUUUAGACGCGACAGCAGCAUGACGACAGCAGAUCAGUUGGCCUGGGAGUUAAGGAGGGCCAGAGAUAGGUUUGACACUGCAUCCAAUAUCUCUGGAUGUUCAUCUCGUUUUGAGCUAGACUCUAAUUAUUCAGAACGAGCUGAAACAAUGUCAACUAUCUCAGAUGUGAGCGAGUAUGAAGAAGAAAUGUUUCGAAUCAAGAGGCUACUGCUUCUUGAUACAGCGACACCAACACCACCUUCAGUAAAGUGUGAAAAAAAUAAGGACCAGAAUUUAGUUCCUAUGGUGUCCAGGACAGACAUAUUGACAGCUAAAGAAGAUGUUGACAUGCAGAUCCAGAGGCUUACUGUUCAGCUUCAGAAUGCCAUUGAAGAAAAAGAAAAAUACAGAAUUGAAGCAUUGGCAGCAGAAACAAAAAUAGCUCUAGAGUGGCAAGAAAAAUAUCAAGAGGCUCUUCGACAGAAGGCUCACGUCGAAGGCCGCCUCGAGACAGUUCAGACUGAAAUGUCGGUAUUGGUAUCAGGGCAGAAUGAGGUUCUUGAUCUUGCAAGAACUCUAGAAGAGGAGAUGAUGUUGAGGGCUGCAGCGGAUAGCAAGGCUGCUUUACAGGAGAUGGAGAAGUUGGUGCUGGAGAUACACAGGAUGCAGCAAGUUGUUCGAGAGGCGGAUGGUCGGAUUCAGGAUCUGACUGUGCAGUUAGAACUUAGGAAUUCAGAGGUCAGUCAGUGGAAGGCAGAAGUGCAAUCAGCUGAAGGUGCCAAUGAGAAACUGAGAAUUGAAUUUCAGGAGUUGAAAAUAGAAGCUGAAUCUAAAGAUGGAUCAAUCCAGGGCCUUAAAAGCAAGUUGUCAGACCAGCAUGUAGAGAUUCAGUCCCUACUUCAAGCUAAACUAAAAGCAGAAAGUAACUUGACUAGCUUGAAGAAUGAAAUAGAAACCACAAAAAAGUCUGGAUGCUGGUACAGAGAUCAGUUACAUAUAUGUCAAGCAGCCAAAGUAAAAGUGCAACAGGAGCUUAUUACAAGCCAAGAAAGUAUUAUGUCUCGAAGCCAUCAGAUUGAGAAAUUGAAAGGAGAAAUUGCAAACUUGCGUCAGGUGGUUGAGAAGACGCAACAUAGGGCCGUGCGAGAGAAGGAGGCACUGAUGCGAAAACUAGAAGUUAUACAGGCUGACAUGCUGGAGCGGGAGGCUACCAUUUUUAGCCAAAUUUAUAAUGAAUCUAGUACAGAUACUAUCAACACGGUCACAGCAAAGUUAAAAGGACUGGAAGAAGAGAAGUUGAAGAUGCUAAGCUUGUCAGAUGCAGUGGUUCAGGAACUCAAGGAGGAAAUCACAUCUCUGAAAAAUGAACUUAAAACAAAAGAAACAGCUUCGGAGGCUUCAGAAACAGAAAAUGCGCAGUUGAUGAUGAGGGUGUCAGUGUUACAGAAAGCACUGAAUGAAAAGGAUUUAGCGGUGCAACUCCUCGAGAACAAAUAUAAAAGUAUUGAAAUGUCUCACAGUCAUCUAAGAGAGAGUUUGAAAUUAAAGGAGCAAACGUUGUUGGAAUUGAAGAAUGGGAAGGUGGCAGUUGAAGUAGCACUAGCAGCGGCAGUAAGGGAGAGGACAGAAGUUGACGUGGCUAUUAGCAAACUGAAGAAUGAUUUUGCUCAUAUAAAUACAAGCUACCAGAUGAUGAAAGCGGAACUGAGGGAAAAAGAGAAACAUAUAACAAAUUUGAAAGCAGACAUGAAUGUGCUUCACAGAGAAAAGCAGAGUCAAACAGAGAAAAUAAACGAACUUGAGAAGACUGAAGAGGCAUUCAGAGAAUUGCGAAGUAGAAUAUCACAAACAGAGGCACUGGAACAACGGGUGGAACAAGUGUCACAAGUUAACAAGGAACUAAGUUUAAAAAUCAAUCAAUUAAGUGAAGCAUAUGGUUAUGCCAGAGAACAAAUUUCAGAGAAGGAUGAAACUAUAGCAGCACAAGAGGAACAACUUGUGACACAAACUCGUAACUUUGAAGCGCGCAUUGAAGAAGUAAAGGCCAAAGAACAAUCUCUGGUUGAGUUACAGAAUGAAAAGACAGCUGCUGAUGAGCAUGUUUUGAAGCUGCAGGUAAGGAUUCAUGAGCUGGAAGCUCUGAAUCAGAAACUGGCAGAUGAUACAGCCUCUGUCCAGAAGCAACUCUCAUCUGCCAACAGUGCCAUCAAGCAGCUCGAACUGCUGAGCAGGGAGUCUGAGGAAGAGAAGAAUCUGCUUGAAAAGCAAAUGAAGAUCGUGAAAGAACCUGAGGCAGCUGAAAUGACCCCAACUGUAGCUGUGAAUGUUGUAGGAACUGUAAAUUUCAAGUGUCCAUUACCUGAGCUAUUACCAACUCUGCAAAAAUCUUUAUCUUCAGAUGAACUAGGAUGUAUACAAAUUGACCUGCAUCAUCUGUAUGAGUUGAUACAGAAUGCUGAGGCAAAACUGUUGUUACUCUUGUCAGAAGGACCUGGUACCCAGGAAAUUAGUAACAAUCUAACUGAAUUUUAUGCAUUGUGUUCUGUGCUUGUAAAUAUAAAUGAUUCAGUAACAAAGGUUUUGGGAAGGCAAAGUGAACCUCUUGAUUUGAAACAAGGGAUGACAGCAAAGAUUGUGCCUCAGGAUAAACUGAAUAACAUAUCAUACAAUAAACAGAUUGAGAUAGGAAACACUGCAAGUGAUGACACUUUGAACUACAAAGAACAGAUUGAUGCUUUCCAGAAAGAAAUAAGAAAAUUAAAGGGGUCUCUGAAAAUGAGUGAGAUUGAGCAUCAUGAGAGACGUCGUAAAUAUGAGUCCAAUAUUCGAACACUACUAAAGAAAGUAAAGGAACACAUGCGAGGAAGGAAAGUUGCAGAACGUGCUCUGGAGGAAUUACAUGGAAAGACAAUAGAGAGUAUUGAUCUAGUGACUUUAAAGUGUGAGACCAGCAAGCUGCAAGCAGAACUGGAGGCUAGCAAACAGAGAUGUGAAGAACAGAAAAGAAUUGCAGAUAGAAACCAAGAAGCAUUGCUGGUCCUGGAAAAGGAAAGGGGAAAGCUGGCUCAGAGUUGCAGUAUUUCAAAAGAAAAGUUACCUGCAGUACCUGAGACCAGUUAUGCAGCUAUCAGUAAUGAGUUUGACCAGAAGACUCGAGAGCUGCGGUUCCUUCAGUCCCAGGACAGGGUUGCUGAGCUGGAAGAGGAAGUUCGAAAGUCGCACAUUAUUAACAAGGAACUGCGGAGAGAGAUAUUUUCUGAGAAGUGUGAGACUUCACAGCUGAGAAAGCAGGUGGCUAGCCUUCGAAUGGGUCUGGAAACAGCCAAUGACAUGCUGGAUACUAAAAAGGUAGAACUUGGUCGGACAGAAUCCAUGUGCUGCUUGCUGCAGACUAACGUAUCUCACCUUAAGAAGCAACUGGAAACAGAACAACAAGCACACGAAGACUGUAAGCAGGAAGUUGAAAAGUUGCGUGAAAACUUGGAAGAGACGAGAGCAAAGGAUCCUGUACUGGCUGAUCAGAUUAAGACAUUGAGCUACCAUUUGAACCAGAAAUCGCAGGAAACGUCUGGUCUACAGGAAAAGAUAAGAUUGUCAGAAGAACGAUGGCUGUCCACUGAGAAUGGCCUGCAACAAUCUAUCAGCGGCUUACGGGAUGAACUCGUAGUGCUGCGUGCUGAGCUCGACUCAGUCCGCAGUGACAAGUUCACCUUCCAGACUCAGGCAGCUGAUUUAAGAGCAGCCCUUCAUUCUAGUGUUGAGCAGAACAAGAUUCUGCGACUGAAGUUGGAGACUUUCGACUGUGAAAACAAUGACAGGCUUCCUGACUUAACCUCAAGUCUUCCAUUGCCACCAUUGAAAUAUGAUGAGACACAGAUUUUAGAAUUACUACAUCAAAGCACAGUAUUGCCGCAUAACAAGCCUCUUAGUAACUUGCAGUGUUGUCUGGACUCUCUUAAACAAGAAAUGGCAACUCUGCAGAGGCAGCUAGCUGCUAAAACUUCAGCUAGAGAUCAGAUGUACAAUAAAACUGAAUAUUCACUUGUUAAAAAUGUGUAAGUAUACAGUAUGUUACUGAUGUAAGGAGAAUGAACACAAGUGUUGUGAAUUUCUAAGAACAAUGUUUACUACCUAUCCAGUAUAGUUACUUGAAAAUUAAGUAUUGGAUUAUAAUAAAUGUAAAACAAGUCUUCCUUAUAUUUUAAAGCCAGGCAUAACAAGAAUAACAUCAUUUUACACAACAGUUGUUUAAGUCAUGUUAUAGUGUGUGGCAGUUACAAAGUAGCAAUGAAGUCUUCUUGCGAAAUCAGCCAUGCGAGUGUGGAAUUACCGUUUCAGAGACUGUCUCUCCUUCCAUCAUCAGGGACUCAUGUGACGAGUGACAUGGCUGUCCAUUAUAUUUAUAUUAAUACAUGCAGUUAGGUCAUUGGUCCUGGUAUCCUUGUGUAAGAGAUGAUUCGGAAACAGUUGAUGCCUGGUUCCAGGGUCAACUUAGAUUGAAUCCCAUCAGAAAGUUUUGGUGGGGAAACCCAACAUCCAGAUAGAAUGGCUACACUGCAGCAGACAUCAUCUGGUCCUUGACUCAGAUGGAAAUCACAUUCACAGCAGAAGCUGGCCAGAAUGGUCACAAUACCGCGUUUGGAAGCCAUUCUAACAGGAUCAACAGGGUUCUGGCAAUUUUGAUCACAAGAUCUUUGCACAAUUCAGCUGAAAAUAAUGUGCAACUAUGGAAGUUAGUGACGAAAGCUGACACAGACCUCAAGGUCCCAAGCAUAUGCUGUUCCCCAUGUGCAUGUCUUGCAGAUGGACUGCACCAUUGAAGCAAGAUGUGAUCAUGCAGGGUACCUAUGCCCGUUUCAAUUGGGACAAGUCGGUAGUGACUGAACGCGGCAUUGAGGUAGGGCAUGAGUUAACUUUGAGGUACCAACAAAGCUGUAUAAAAGAAGCAGCAUCGUCAACAGAAGGAUAGGCUGAUGAAAGAUAAAAUCCUAGAUUGUCCAAAUUAAGUGACAAUCAAUGUGAUGAAUUUACACCUGAAUCUGCCCAUUGUUCCCGAUUCGUCAGCUUGGAAAGAAAAGAGCAUUGCAAGCAUUAAUUAUGUAUAAAUACAAUGAACAGCUGUGUCACUGAUUUCAUCAGUAGCUUCUGGUGGAACCUGUCGGUCUGAUACAUGGCUGAUUGCCUGAGAAAAUUUUACUGCAUUCAGUCAGCUUGAACUCUUGCAGUGUUCCAUGUCCCACUGUUUUGUAAUGUUUUGACUUAAGAUCGAAUAAUGUAUUGUUAUUGAGAGAAAGGUCUAAAACACAUUAAUGCAUAUGUGGUUAUAGUGAUUAAAUUACUCAAGGUUCAGAGGCCCAGCACAAUAGUCUUUUGUCUUACCAUCAGCCACCUGAAGACUGCUACAAAACCAAGUUCCAAAGCAUCGUGGUUUUAAUCACCUGCAAUAGAUGCAGUUUUACAGAAAGAGGGCAGUGACCAAGAAAUUGAAGAAAUAGUGCCCGUGAAACAAUUUGUAACUUGUCACAAGCCCAAGAUGCUGUGCAAACAUUAAUGAAUUUUGUUGUCUUCCCAUCUGCUGUCAGAAAACGAAUAUUAAAAUUUUCAAAAGUA